UUAUUCAAUAGAUUUAUUUUAUUGUCAUCGAGAAUUGGGUUAUAUUGAUGUGUCGAGUUGUGUAAUUGAAGGGUAUCACGUGAAAAUAUUGCCGCCGAGGUGGGAUUUUGAGAUGUACGUAUUGUAUUGUACCUAGGUACCUAAACCUAGGCGUUAGGUCCUCGUACCCGUUUUGUGGGGUUCUUAGCUCUCCACCUUAACACGGUUCAACGCGUCAAGCUUUCAGCGCCCACAACUUUCCUUCUCCCCACUCAAAUCUCAUAUCCCUCUAUCUUCCUCAUACCUCAUACCUCAUAACCCAUCUCUCUCUACUUCCAUGACUACCGGAUUUUAAAUAUAUCAUUUUCGCCCAAUUACAUAUUACACAAUAAUCCUCAAUUUUCAUCAAACAUGCCGCGACCUAAAAGAACACGCGUCGCGUCGACUCGAAUAGUCGCAAAAGCCACAAGCCCCGAGCAUGUCAUGGUACCGAAACAAACAGCCGAGAGCAGUUCUGAUAUAUACGAUGUGAGUGACCGGGAAAAGGAGAAGGCGAAGCAGAGACGUGAAUCAAUGCGCGAUGCGGAUACUAUUACCCGCACGCGACCAACAUCUUCACAUCAGUUAAAGGCAUUAGAAGCCGCGCGACAGCGACGCGACUCUGCCAUGGAUAGGCUAGAAAAUAUGACUUCCACUUCAACCAACCAGCCAGAUGAGCCAGAUGAGCACGAAGAGCCAUCGGUUGAAUUAGGGCGCAAAGUAGCCGGGACUCCGCAGCAGAGAAGAAUAGGGGAUAUGUCAGGACUGGACCUAGAUGAUUCAGCCUUUGAUGACUUGAAUACCACUUUUGACACCGCAGGACCAGCAAGUGCCCAGCGAUCAGCUGAGACAUCUAUCCUGUCAGCCAGCGUUUUUAAACGACGGCCCCGCGCCGGAAGCUUUUUAAGCAGGGAGGAUGGUCAUAUUCGCCCUAGCAGCCGAGCCGGUCCCAACACGCCUGCAUUCAGCUCGACAUUUAACAUUGGCAUGUUUAAAAGGAGAGUACGCGAGCCUAGUAUUCUCGGUACUGCACAAAAACCACGUCCUCAGCCGUUAGAGCCUGAGCCCGAGCCCGAGUCCGAGCCCGAAUCUGACCAGGAUGAAGACGAAGAAGCAAUCGAAGAAGAUGGAUUCGCCCCUGAGGCCGAAUCAACCCCACUUAAACCUUCUAAGAGGCGUUCCGGAGGGAUAGAAGCUGGCUCAGCAUCGCCGCAGGAUUUACCGCCCUCAAAUUCGCGUAAGCGAAAAUCUACAAAAGGCCAUGAGCGCCGCGCAAAAUCAUCCCCACUUCAAGAUGAGGACCCCGUCGAGGAUCCCGGACCGCAACAAUCGGAUUCGGAACUGUCAUCUCCUCCCUCUACUCCUCCGCCUCGACAGCAAAGCAGUAGGCCUGCAACACCUAUCAUGGACGAGGAGCUCAUGGCACCUCCCAUGAGCAGUGGUUCCUCCUCCGGAGACUCAGAUGUGUGGCCACCUCUCCAGUCGCUUGCACGAACUCAUUUUCGACGGCCGGUUUCGGCCCUCCAAAGGACACCAGUUGCAAAUGACAAUGUCUCCGAUAUCUCCUCGCCGCCCUCCCUUACUUACUCUCCGAAUUACCGCAAACCUUCUCCGCCACCGCGUCAGGCCGCAAAGGCCAAACGCAAAGGUGCCGCCAAGUCGGAGCCUAAGGCACCGACUGCAGAUUUAGCCAGCUUGUCGACUUUAGAAUUAGCUAGCUUGUUACCGCGUCGACGCUGUAGACAUGCUAGAGCCGACGACGAGGAUUCGGAAGCAGAAGUCGACAUCUCCGGCCUGGGUGAUGACGACGACGAGCUCUCCUACCUUGAUGUUCGAGCUCGACGACAGCCAGCGCGGCCGGGCUCUCGAGCGGGACACUCUAAAAAACAAAAUGCCGGGCGCGCACGUCCAGCUUCGCGCGGUAAGACAGCGAAACAAACUCAGGGCACGAAUAGACGUGCCACAAUCACGUAUGGGCGGACAUCGGACAAGGAGAACCAAGGCGAGUCCGAGGGUGGGGAAACGGAUCACGGCGAAGCCAAUAGGGAACAGCGAGACGGAGAGGAGAGUAGUCGGAAUAUGGACCCGAGAGUAGAGGAGGAGCUCAAAAACGCGGCACGCAAGUUUCAGGAGGUGGACAAGUGGCAACUUGACUACGAGGAGGUGACAGAGACCAGUUCUCCGUAGGACAGUCGCUAAGUUAUAACAAAGUACGUUACCAUUUCGGCGGGGAGUAUGGAAAAGGGCUGAGGGCUGAGGGCUGAGGGCAGCCUGGUUAUGAUAUAUAUUACCCAUGAUGCUUAACACCGGGCCUUCGUUGACUUGCUAGCGUUU